AUUAACUCACAAUUUAUUCAGCUGAUAAAUAUAAAAUAAAAUGGUGAUCAAACGCUUAAAUGAGUUGGGAGUAAUAAACUUUUAUGAGUACAUUUCAAAGUUUGAAUAUUAAGGACCAAACUCUAAAUGAAAAGUUCUCUCAAGUCUUUAUUGUUAAUGCAUCGGAAAGCUUUCUCAAAUAAAAUUACAUAGAACAUAGAUUAUAUGUCGUCAGCCAGUCCAAAGAUGUUAAUUAUUUUACCAUGUAGUCCGCCUUUUCACGCUACUAUCCACAAGAUUUUAAAGUACAAUUUCGCUCCGUAUUCCCCCAUUAUCGCACCAGGCUCUAGGCACUCUUUCCAAUAAUCCUCAUUCGUCUUCUUGUGCUACACGCGAGCGUUGUGUUGUGUUUUCGUCAGCCUCGACGACGAGAUUAAUUACGCGUAAGUACACAAUGUUAUUGCAUAAAAUUAAAAACAUUAGAAAUAAGAAUAAUGCAUAUGUCCAAUUUCAGACAAAAUUAGGUAUUAGUUUAGCAAUUUUAGGAAAAAAUAUUGACGGCAUCCUAAACGAAGCGGAGAAUAUGCCUCCACUAUGCAAAGAAGUCUUACUACCUGGUUUAUCAGAUACAGGGCGUUUUCUUACGAGCCUAUUUUAUGAUUUAACCAUGGCACGACGCUCUUUCAUUUAUUCUUAUAUGAAUAAGGAUACCAAGGAACUCCUAGAAAAAUGUCCUCCCUCUGACCUCCUUUUUGGACCAGAUAUUUGCGAAAAAAUUAAAGCAGCUAAAACUUUGCAAACGGCCAGCAAAGACAUGAAGCCUAUUCCCUCAACAUCUGGGUUUAAAGCUCCUAGGUCGCAGGUGGUUUUAGGAAAAAAGAGAGGAAAAGGGAGGGGACAGAUAAAGGGAAACCAUACAAAAAUUUCAACCGGUAUCGCCCUGCCCGUCAAUCGAGGGAGACGGGACAGCAGAAAGGGCGAACCUCGAAGGACAACUUCAGAGAGAGAUACAGAGGAAGGAAAUAAACGAGCAAAGAGCCCCACCCAUUAUCUGCGAGUCUUACUUUGGUAGCCGCGAGACUAUCCGGAAGUCUCUAAUACUACAACAAGUACCGGAGUGUGCCAUUGAGACAACAUUGCUCUCACUAUCGGAGGCAACCAUUAAACAAUACGGAGUCACUUACAAACUUUGGUGGGAGUUUUGUAAGGAACAAAAUCACAACAUGUUUGAAGCAAAUAUAAAAGAGGUAAUAAUCUUUUUACAGAAUGUUUUAAGUAAAUCCCAGAAUUUAUAUGGUACAUUUAACUCUCACAGAGCAGCACUAUCUUUAAUUUUGCCUAAUAAAAUAGGAGAAAACCCAAUAAUUAAACGGUUUAUGAAGGGAGUUUUGAGGAUGAGGCCCCAAACGCCUCGUUAUAAUUUUAUUUGGGAUCCAAAAACUAUUUUUGAUUAUUUCGAUAAAAAUCCUGCCGAGAAUUUAAAACAGUUAUCUUAUAAGUUGGUCACUCUUUUAAUACUGGCCACCGGUCAAAGGCUAGAAACCAUUAGCCUUAUUAGAGUUCCAAAUAUUAGACCUUACAAAGGAGGACUUCAAAUUUUAAUGGAAGAUAGAAUUAAAACGUCCGGUGUAAAUGUAAAGCAACCUUGCCUUCAUCUACUAAAAUUUGAAGAAUUGCCAAAUCAAUGCGUUGUCUCUUGCUUACAUCAAUACUUGAAACUUACAGAGAAUCUGAGGACUAAAGAUAGUGACUAUUUAUAACCAUUCAAAGGCCACAUAAGACUGCUUCAAAACCAACCCUCAGUCGUUGGGUAAAAUGUAACUUAGAUCUAGCUGGUAUUGAUACGAAUAUAUUUACAUCGCACUCAGGAAGGCAUGCUUCGACAUCUACAGCCCAAAGAGCUGGCGUAUCGAUAGAUCUUAUUAAAGAUUCUGCUGGAUGGAGCAAAAGUUCGAGUACCUUUGCGAAGUUUUAUGAUCGGCCUCUAAUAGAAAGAGACCAAUUUGCUUUUAGCAUUUUUAACAGUUAAUUUGUUAUUUUGUUUAUAUUUUGUUUAUUCUGUCUACACCUUAAUAUUUUUUGUUGCACAUGUAAAUGUAUAUUUUUAUUUAGCAUAUGCAUAUAUGCGAAUAUUUUAAUUUAAAAUUAAGUUGCAAACUGGAUUUAAGCGUAAGCAUUUAAUCUACAUAUAUGGAAGUUUUGUCAAAUAAAAUGGGUCUUCUAUAUACACAUUUUUGGAUUUGAUAUGAUUAUGAUGUUUUAAUUCAUAACCUUGAUUGAUCUUUAAACAUCCUACAUGGUAAAAUAAUUAACAUCUUUGGACUGGCUGACGACAUAUAAUUUAACGAUCAAAUGAACUUACCUGAAGUUCGAUCGAAAUUAUAUUAGUCAGCCAGUCCAAAGAUGUUAAUCUCCCUCCCAACCACACCCGAAGGUUAUGAAUCAAAAUUAUACCUACUUUUAACAGAAUGAGGAUUAUUGGAA